AUGUCCGACCAUACCACCACCACCACCACCACCACAGACAACACAACCGAGAUCCUCCUCACCUCCCUCCCCACCAAAAGCGUCACCUUCCAGCCAACCCGCGCCACUAUCGUCCGCGAGAUCCCCGUCACGAUCCACCCCGGUCCCAACACCCUAACCAUCCACGGCCUCGACCCCCAAGCAGACUUCGAUUCGAUCCGCAUCGAGGGCUCGGGUCCCGCUUGCGUAACGGAUUUCCAGACGGAGGUAGUCAAGUCGCGGCUCUAUGCUUUGGAGGCGAACGAAGGGGAACAAAAUGAAAGUAGUAGUGAUUCGUCUUCAUCCGAGGAUGACGAGGCAGACGACGAGCCCGAGGAGCUUCGACUCGUGAGGGCGGAGCUGCGCACGGCGAAGGAGAAGGCGGCGUUGGCGGGGAUCCGGAGGGAUGUCGCGGGAAGUUUGAUUGAUUUCUUGCAGGAGCAGAAAAGAGGAUCGGUUUUUCCAACGGCUGGAGCCGGGUUUGGGAGACCGCAGCAGCAGCAGCAGCAGCAACAACAGGUGGAAGUGUAUAAGGUCGGGGAGUUCAUGGAUCUGUUUAAUGCGCGGGGGAAGGAGGAAGGGGAGAAGCACUAUCGUGCCCUUGUUGAAGUGGAGGAGGCGGAGGAGGAGGUGGCGAGGUUGAUGGGCAAGGUGCAGAAGGUGGAGAAGAGAGUAUUCAAGGAAAAGAGGAAGAAGGAGGCGGUGCGGGAGAAGGAGAGGCAGGUCCGCAGGAAGGAGAAGAUGCAGAGAAAGGAGAGGAAGGAAAGGCUCGAGAAGGAGCAGAAGUCGUUUCGGAAGAAUAGGGUCGGAGAGGUGGUCGUUCAUCUGGAUGGCGAGUCUUCUUUCGCUGAUGGUGAUGCUGAUGUUGGGGAAGGCAAGAAACAAGGCGACAACAACGUCAUGCUCCGGUUGAGUUAUGUCGUCGCUGGACCCAGCUGGGUCCCACGGUAUGAUCUGAGUAUCAACACGCCGGCCUCCUCGGCCAAGAUGGUCUAUCGGGCCGAGUUUCGUAAUGCGUGCUCGGAGACGUGGCGCGAUGCCCGCGUAACCCUGUCCACCUCGCAGGCCUCGUUUUCCGGGCUGGGAGAGCGCAUUCCCUCGCUCCAGGCGUGGCAGUUGAUGGUCCAAGCGGACAACAACAAUAGGAACCAGGAGCAGACCUCCUGGGAGAACAUUCUGCGUAGCAAGCCUGAGCAACGCCAUCUUAUGUCAGUGCAGACCCUCCACAAGCCGCUUUUCCAGCAGCAGCAGCAGCAGCAGCAGCAGCAGCAGCAGCAGCCGCGGAACGCAUCUGUGUUUGGGCCCAAUCAUGUUGUUGCAGCGGCUGCGUCCAGACCCUCUGGUAAUGCUGCACCAGCUGCUCCUCCGCAACAAGUUCAGGGCGGGUUGUUCGGACAAGCAGCAGCCCCUCCACCACCCCCACCCCCACCCCCGGCCCGGCAGUCUGGGGGGGCUCUAUUUGGUGGACUACCACCAACCACCACAAGCGGUCCUUUGUUCGGUGCGCCAGCCAACCCACCGCCAACCGGCACCAGUGGUCCUCAAUCUGGCGGAUUCGGACGAUCCACGAGUGGAGGGCUGUUUGGAAGUGUUCCCAGGCCUUCGCAAGCUCAGCCUACGGCGCUGAUGAGUACAGCGACAACAUUCAUGCAACCAUUUUCUCGAUCCGGGGAUGCAGACGAGGUCAAUGAUCCCACCGAAGAACCCAAGCCUUCCUUCGGAUCACCACCAUUAAAAGCCAUUCCAGACCUGGAACACCAAGAAUCUUUCCAGCAAGAUUACGGCCUCACAACCACAUACGACCUCCCCGGUCAUCGCACCGUCAUCCCAUCCCUCGUGGCCCGACGCCACCUCCUCGCCGACCUCCACCUCGACUCCGUCACCCUAUCCUACACCAUCGUUCCCAAGCAACGCGCCGCCGCCUUCCUUCAGGCCAAGAUCCAGAACUCCUCCGCGUCCGUGAGCCUCCUCCGCGGGAAAGUCGGCAUCACUAUCGACGGGACCUUCCUGGGGACCGCGGACCUGCCGAGCUGCGGGCCGAAGAAAUCGUUCACCUUGCCUCUGGGCGUGGAUCCACUGAUCCAGGUCACGUACGGGCGGCCGACGGUGCGGCGCACAACGGGCAGUGGGGGCUUGUUCUCCCAGAAGGAAGAGGCGGCGGUGUUCCGCCGGACGUGCCGGGUCAAGAACACGCGGAGCAACGCCGUCGAGGUGGCGGUCGUCGAUCAGGUGCCCGUCAGCGACGAUGAGCGGUUGAAGAUGCAGAUCCUGGAGCCCAAGGGACUCGUCCGGGAAGGGGAUGAUGCGCAGAUGAAGGAGGGGACAGUGCAUCUGGGAAAGGCCGGGGAAGUCAAGUGGGUGGUCAAGUUGGCGCCUGGGAAGGAGGUGAAAUUGGUGUUGGUGUAUGAGGCCAGGGUGCCGGCAGGGAGUGAGGUCAGUGAGGUGUGA